GAAAAUUACGUUUAACGAUCUGCAAUUGAAGCCAUACAGGACAGAUGAGUUUGUACACCGUCUGUUUUAUGAAACAUCUCGUUUUUCUGCGUUUAAUAACCAGUGGGUUGUAAAAGCUCGAAUUAAUAACAUGCAAAAAGAUCCCACACAAAGCUCAGAACGUGAGAUGACUUACCAGUUGAUAUUGAAAACGAAAACUACCGUUCCGCUGCAUGUCCAUUACAUAAUACUGAAGGGACCCUUUGGAGACAUGAAAAUCAAACCCACAAUCUAUGAGUUUGAAUUUAACGAUCAAGAAAAUGAGGGACCUUACAUGCCCCUUGCUUUGCCUGACACAGCAGAAUGUAAUCGUCUACUAGCAGCUAAAACUAUCAACUUUAGGUUGAUAAUGUUUCUAGCUUCAAAGUAAAAUCUUUCUAAGUGCGACAAAUUUUUUCUUCUGAAGCUUUAAUUCAUAGAGUCCUUCUUUGUCGUGGCCGAUAUUUCAAUAAAAAAAAAGAGAAAAGAAGGCAAUGCAGAAGUACAACCUCUUACUUAAAAUUAUUAUUGUGGAAAAGAUCUCUGAGUAAAAUGUUUAGUGUCAUAUUAUAUAUGUACCAGUUUAAUACCUAGUAAAAAAUAUUCUGUAAAUUUACUACAGCAUUUAGUUUAGUUUUUACCAAUGUA